UUGUUCCGUGUCGCCUGCUGGCCUCUCCGGUGCCCUCACCCUGGAGCUAUCGUACGAACAGAGGGCAGGCACGGAGGCGCUUCGGGGGAUCCCGACUCGGAGGACGGCCGCGUGACCCGCCCCCCCGGCCGCCAGGUGGUGCGCUCCGGGCGGGGCUCCGCCUCCUGGCCGCGCCCGGGGCUCCGGGUGCGCGAACCGCCGGGGGGUCGCAGGGUCGGUGCUCGGCCCCGUGCAGCGCUCGAGAUGCUGCUGCCGCUGCCGCCCGCGCUCCGCCGUGCGCUGCUGGCGCGGCCCUGGAGGGACCCCGGGCUGUGGUGGAAGCACACCUCUUCCCUGAAGGUGGCCAACGAGCCAGUCUUGCCAUUCACGCAGGGCAGCCCCGAGCGAGAUGCGCUCCAGAAGGCUUUGAAGGACCUCAAGGGCCGGACGGAAGCCAUCCCCUGUGUGGUGGGGGAUGAGGAGGUGUGGACCUUGGACGUGCAGUACCAGGUGUCGCCCUUCAACCAUGGACACAAGGUGGCCAAGUUCUGCUAUGCGGACAAGGCCCUACUCAACAGAGCCAUCGAGGCCUCUUUGGCCGCCAGGAAAGAGUGGGACCUGAAGCCCGUUGCAGACCGGGCCCAGAUCUUCCUGAAGGCGGCCGACAUGCUGAGUGGGCCUCGCAGGGCGGAGGUCCUAGCCAAGACCAUGGUGGGACAGGGUAAGACGGUGAUCCAAGCGGAGAUUGACGCGGCGGCGGAGCUCAUCGACUUCCUCCGGUUCAACGCCAAGUUUGCCGUGGAGCUAGAGGGGCAGCAGCCGCUCAGCGUGCCGCCCAGCACCAACAGCGUCGUGUACCGGGGGCUGGAGGGCUUCGUGGCGGCUAUCUCCCCCUUUAACUUCACUGCGAUCGGCGGCAACCUGGCGGGGGCCCCGGCCCUGAUGGGCAACGUGGUCCUGUGGAAGCCCAGCGACACGGCCAUGCUGGCCAGCUAUGCCGUCUACCGCGUCUUCCGGGAGGCUGGCCUGCCCCAUAUCAUCCAGUUUGUGCCAGCUGACGGGCCCACGUUUGGCGACACCGUCACCAGCUCCGAGCACCUCUGCGGCAUCAACUUCACAGGCAGCGUGCCCACCUUCAAACACCUGUGGAAGCAGGUGGCCCAGAACCUAGACCGGUUCCGCACCUUCCCACGCCUGGCCGGAGAGUGCGGGGGCAAGAACUUCCACUUUGUGCACCGCUCGGCCGACGUGGGCAGCGUGGUGAGCGGGACCCUGCGCUCGGCCUUCGAGUAUGGAGGCCAGAAGUGCUCAGCGUGCUCCCGCCUCUACGUGCCGCAGUCGCUGUGGCCGCAGAUCAAAGGGCGGCUGCUGGAGGAGCACGGCAGGAUCAAAGUGGGCGACCCAACAGAGGAUUUCGGGACCUUCUUCUCCGCCGUGAUUGAUGCCAAGUCCUUCGGCCGCAUCAAGAAGUGGCUGGAGCACGCCCGCUCCUCACCCAGCCUCACCAUCCUGGCCGGGGGCAAGUGUGACGACUCUGUGGGCUACUUCGUGGAGCCCUGCAUCGUCGAGAGCAAGGACCCUCAGGAGUCCAUCAUGAAGGAGGAGAUCUUCGGGCCCGUGCUGACCGUGUACGUCUACCCCGACGACAAGUACAAGGAGACGCUGCGGCUGGUCGACAGCACCACCAGCUACGGCCUCACGGGGGCAGUGUUCGCCCAGGAUAAGGACGUCGUCCGGGAGGCCACCACGAUGCUGAGGAACACGGCCGGCAACUUCUACAUCAACGACAAGUCCACCGGCUCCGUGGUGGGCCAGCAGCCCUUUGGGGGGGCCCGAGCCUCUGGAACCAAUGACAAGCCGGGCGGGCCCCACUACAUCCUGCGGUGGACGUCGCCCCAGGUCAUCAAGGAGACCCACGAGCCUCUGGGCGAUUGGCGCUACUCCUACAUGCAGUGAGCCCCGCUGGGCGUCUCUGCUGUCCGUCCCCCUGUCUGUCCGGACGGCCGACCUUUGUGCACUGGCCCCACCCCAGCCCCUGCAGCUUGCUCCCCGGGGGACGACCCCCCCUCCGGGGCUGAGACCCGCCCCCUUACCCACACUGGGCUGUAUCCUGGCCUGUCCCACCCCUCGGGGGCAGGUGCGGGCUCCGGUUUGAGACCAUGCUGGGCAGGAGCACGGCUGCCACCCCUCGUCUCCCGGCUGUCCUAGAGAUCUGCUAGGUGUGACCUGGCGCCCUGCCUCUUCCCCACCUGUCUUCUUUCCUCUACACUGGGCCCGGCAGCUUGGGGACCUGGGGAACGGCAGUAGAGUGCCUCCCAGGAUCCUCUGGGGCUAAGGAAGCAGCUCUGGGCCCCCACGGUGAGCCUGAGCAUCUGCAGAGACUCUUGGCCUUGGCUCCCCCGGGGCUCCAGGAUGAGAUGUGACCCAGGGUGGCCUGCAGGGCCCAGGGGUGGGGGCUCCAGUGGGCCUGGGCCUCUGGUGGGGGGCGGCUGCCCACCUUCCUCACUGCCUGUGGGCCCACGCCCGCCUGGGCCAGGGGUACCCGUGCCUGACCAUAUGCCUUAGAACCUGUGUGCCUUUCGCCUGCUGUCUGUGCUCUGCUGAGGCCCCUGUGAUUCCCGGCAGUUGCCCUGUGGUGGGGUUGGGGGGCUGACAGGGGCUUCUCACCGAGCGCAGGACUUGGUGGUCCCUCCUGUUUGGGUGGUGGUUUUGGAAGAUCUUGGGUGGGCCUCUGUGCGAUCUCGGCUUUCCAUCAGCUCGAGGCUCUACCUCUGCAGAGGCCGCACUCCCAGCCCGCCUUGGCCUGGGGUUUCCUGCGGGAGCUCAGUCCCCACUCACUGUUGGAACUGGCCCAGGGAGACUGCUCCCAGCUCCUCCCGGCCCCGAGACCUAGCCUUGGGUUCCCAUCGGGCCUGGGCCAAGGAUUGCCCGUAGAACUGUCCCUCCUUGCACAGAGGUGGCUCUGUGUGGACUGGCCCCUCGGUGGCCCAUUGAUGCAGCCAGUUGGCAGAUACUCACAUCAGCCUACUAAUUGGAUGGCAGGUGGCUGGGGAUCCAUAAGGGGUGACUUUGGAGGACAGUUUUUAAUGGGUCCUAAGAGUACUGGCCCUUCCUCAGGGAGCUCCCCCAUGGACUGGCCCCCGGGCACCCCGGCUGUGCACUGUGGCCCGUGGUCAGGUGGUAAUGCUGCCCGGGCAGGGCAUAGGGCCUGCCCUCCUCCAAAUUCCUCACUGCUCCCCGGAGAGGCCAGGGCUGUCAGCCGGCGAGAGAUGCUGCGGGUGUCCUGGCUCUACUGAUCCUACACUGGAGGUGGCAGUCGGAUUCACUCUGAUGCCACCUAAUAAACGCUUGUUACUGAA